AUGAUUCACCCGUGUGCGGCGUGCAAGCAUCUCCGUCGAGCUUGUGACUCCAACUGCGAUCUAGCUCCCUACUUCCCGGCGGAUAAACCACAUUGUUUCAGCGUGGUGCACGCGGUAUUUGGAAAAAGCAAUGUGUCAAAGCUGUUGCAAGAGCUAGACGUUACUCAACGUGAACAAGCUGUUGAUUCAUUGGUGUAUGAAGCUGAGGCGCGUAUGAGAGAUCCCGUUUAUGGCUGCGUGAGUUUUGUAUCGAUUCUUCAGCAGAGGUUGAAUGAAGUUCAAGAGAAACUCAGGAAUGUGAAGAAUGAACUGGCUAAGUACUUUGAUCAUGAUACUGUUGAAUUUGUUAUCAACAAUCCUCAUUAUUUUGGAUUCGAGCCUGACAAUAAGGUUGGUGCGUCUCAGCAACGACCAAUUGUGACCGCUGCUGAGCAGCAUCGAAACUUGGAACAUUUGAGACAAAUGUUUCUUGGAUCUGGUGGAGGAUUCUCUAUUGGUGAUGGCGGUAUGGGACAUGAUCAUAUGAAUGUUCGUCAUGAUCAUUUUGGUCCUUCUUCUGGUACUUUAGAAAUGGGUGGCACUAGCACUAACGGUUAUCAGAUUCAGCAAUCACCACAUCAAUAA